UCCCAAUCACACGGUGUUGUUCCAAACAGAUCCCAUUCGUCCAUGGUAACGAGUCGCUGCAAACGCCACCAACAACGACCGAAGGUUUAGGUUACUCUGCCUUUUACGACUACGGAACGGUAAGAUGGAGUUAAAAUGUAAAGUGUUUCUACGAUACUGUACCUGUCUCGCCGUGAUAGGAGCGCUUCUCGUUUGGCCAGCUCCCGUGCACAGUGCCGUAGUUGUGAUUGGUGCCCGUCCGUACCUGGAACGAGUUGCAAAACGCGUGGUGGAAAUCUUGGAAGGGAGAUACAUUUCUGGAAACUCGCUGCCAAUUGCGGACUACGUAGCUCCUAUACAACUAACCGACAAAGGCCUUUCCAUUACUGGCAAUGUAUCGUUUCAUUCGGCCUUUCUCGCCAAGAUCGAUUCGAUCGAGUUCGACGCACAGAAGUUUUCGGAAAUCUUUCUCAACACGGAGGUAACCGUGCAAGGAGCACUGAAGUGGCACGGCAUUGGCGUAGUGCUGGACUUUGCCGCCAAUCUGGAGGAGUACAACGGGACGGGCACACUGUACGUCACGUACAAUCAGUUCGAUUUCCCGCUAAAGGUGACGAAACCGUUCAAUUCCACCGAACCGUCCGGCUCGCUCCAGUUCAUGUCGAUAGACAAUUCGAACAAGAUCGUCACGGUGGGCUAUCCAAACAACAAGUACGUGCAGCUAAUUUCACGUGCGAUAAUGACAAACUUCGAUUUUCGCGAUUACAUGAUAGCUUCGUUCCGGAAUUGGAACUUUCAAAACUUGCUGAAAGCGGUCAUCGACGAAGUACCGUUCCCAGAAGUUUGCUACAACUGCUGAUUGUCGCUCGGAGAAGGUUUAAAUUUAUCUGCUGCGUACCGUUAGAAAGACGUUGAAUAAAGUCUUUCGAUGAUGGUUUGGCGA